AGCGUGCCAAGUUUCACCAAAACGGUGGGGCUUGGCUUGUGAUGGCCCCAUCAUCUUGAAAUUCUUUUUUAAUUCGAUCACCGCCUCGGAGCCCCGAGUUUUGGUAUCCUUCGUGCCUACCUCACCGAUAAGGAGCAAGAUUUGUCUCCCCAACCCCCAAGGACACCCUGCCGGCCUCUUUUUUUCUUUUCUUUCUUUCCUUUCUUCGCCGCCACUCCAUCUGCCCAAUUCAACAUUGUUGUUGUUGCUGUCCUUGGACAACACACGACUAUCCCCUUUCAACAUCGGCGCCAGCAUCCGUUUCCUGGUGGAUUCGCUUGCACCGACACCCUUCCCAGGUCGCGCCAUCCCGAAGCUUCCCCAGCCAGGAAAUCUCGGCCAAACCUCCCAACGCUCCGUGCACGCAACAAGCUUCGCGUGACAUAACUUCGGCGUUGCGCCAAACCACACUCAAAGCCAUCGCGGCUCUCUCGGGCAAACAGUGCAACUGCCAGUUGCUAGACAGCCCAGCUUCCUGUCACAUCGCCAACACAUCCGUCCAAUGCCCGCCGAGCAACGAUAGUCGUAUACUCUCCAAGGCCGUCAUGAUUGCUGCAAACCUACUGCCCGCGAGGUUUCGCGGGGAGCAGCCCGCCUCCCAGGCUGCUGCGCCAUCCUGGUUCAACAAAAAAGUCACACCGCUUCUUCAGGUUCUGUCGAAGCUUACCUCAACCCACCCAAUUCACACCAUUGUCGUGGUUGCGCUGCUUGCCAGCUCUUCGUAUAUCGGCCUUUUGGAGGACAGCCUGUUUGAUGCGAGCAUAAGUGUAAGGAAGGCGGAAUGGUCAUCUCUUGUCGAGGGGAGCCGUCGCCUCAGGGUUGGCGAAGACACCGCUUGGAAGUGGCAGAACGAUGACUCGGAAGCGCCCAUUCCCGAGGGCGCCGACCACCUCGCCCUCUUGACUCUUGUCUUCCCUGAGACCAUGUCUUCCGAUGCUUCCCGUGUUCCUCCCGUCGUCAACGCCGUUCCAAUUCCUCAGAAUCUGUCGAUCAAGUCGCUUCCAUCAACAUCCAACUCUUUCAGCACCUACGCCCAGGAUAGCGCCCUCGCCUUUUCGAUUCCCUACAGCCAGGCCCCCGAAUUCCUCUCUGUCGCCCAGGAAAUUCCCAACGACGAGUCCGCGCAAGAGAGCAGGGAGACUGAGCAUGGCCGGGAACAAAAGAUGUGGAUCAUGAAGGCUGCCAGAGUCCAGACUCGGAGCAGCCUCAUCAGAUGGGUACACAACGCUUGGGUUGAGUUUACCGACCUUCUCAAGAAUGCCGAGACGCUCGAUAUCGUCAUCAUGGCUCUCGGCUAUAUCUCGAUGCACCUGACCUUCGUCUCGCUCUUCCUUUCGAUGCGCCGCAUGGGCUCCAACUUCUGGCUUGCCACCAGCGUCAUCUUCUCGUCCGUCUUCUCGUUCCUCUUCGGUCUGUUUGUCACCACCAAGCUCGGUGUCCCGAUCUCCAUGGUUCUCCUGUCUGAGGGACUUCCAUUCCUUGUUGUGACAAUUGGCUUUGAGAAGAACAUCGUCCUGACAAGAGCGGUUCUCUCGCAUGCCAUCGAGCAUCGAAGACCCGUCAAGGGUGGCAAGCAAUCCGCGAUUGAUGCCUCGAGCGCCAUUCAGUCAGCUAUUUACCUUGCGAUCAAGGAGAAGGGCUUCGAUAUUGUCAAGGACUAUGCUAUCGAGGUCGGCAUCUUGGUGCUGGGCGCCGCCUCUGGUGUUCAGGGUGGCCUUCAGCAAUUCUGCUUCUUGGCCGCGUGGAUUCUGUUCUUUGACUGCAUCCUGCUCUUUUCCUUCUAUACGGCUAUUCUCUGCAUCAAGUUGGAAAUCAACAGGAUCAAGCGCCACGUUGAGAUGCGCAAGGCUUUGGAGGAUGAUGGUGUCAGCCACCGCGUCGCUGAGAAUGUGGCUCAGAGCAACGAUUGGCCCAGAGCAGAUGGUCAGGACAAGCCUGGCACCACCAUCUUCGGCCGUCAGAUCAAGAGCACCCAUAUCCCCAAAUUCAAGGUGCUCAUGGUGUCUGGGUUUGUUCUUAUCAAUGCCCUCAACUUGGCCUCGAUUCCCUUCCGCAGCGCCGAUUCUAUUUCGAACAUCUCUUCAUGGGCUCGCGGUCUUGGCGGGGUCGUUACGUCGCCCCCUGUUGACCCUUUCAAGGUUGCCUCCAACGGUCUCGAGUUUGUGUUGGAAUCUGCCAAGGCUGAGGGUCGUGAGACUGUCGUCACUGUUCUUACCCCGAUUCGCUACGAGCUCGAGUUCCCCUCUGUUCACUACGACUUGCCCCAGCAGCUCGACAACGUUGGUGGUGAUGAUAUCACCGAGCUGGGCUACGGUGGUCGCAUGGUGGGCGGCAUCCUCAAGAGCUUGGAAGAUCCAAUCCUGUCCAAGUGGAUUGUCGUGGCUUUGGCUCUCAGUGUGGCUCUCAACGGAUACCUUUUCAACGCCGCCAGGUGGGGCAUCAAGGACCCCAAUGUCCCAACUCACCCCAUCGACCCCAAGGAGCUGGCCGAUGCGCAGAGGUUCAACGAUACCGAGUCUGCAACCCUCCCUCUGGGCGAAUACAUUCGCACCUCGCCAACGCCCGCCCCUUCAAUCCCGCCUACUCCUGCUUUGACGGAUGACGAGGCCGAACCCUCAAAGGAGUCCGGUUCGGAACCUCAAGCUCCCGCUGUCCCUCGCACCCAGGCCGAACUUGAGAAGAUGGUUGCCGAGAAGCGCGCACAUGAACUCACCGAUGCCGAGAUCGUUGCUCUUUCCCUUCGUGGCAAGAUCCCUGGUUAUGCUUUGGAGAAGACGCUCAAGGAUUUCACACGCGCUGUCAAGGUCCGCCGCUCCAUCAUUUCUCGCACCAAGGCUACUUCAGAGCUCACCAACCUUUUGGAACGAUCCAAGCUCCCGUACCAGAACUACAACUGGGCUCAGGUGCACGGUGCUUGCUGCGAAAAUGUUAUUGGAUACAUGCCCCUCCCGGUCGGUGUUGCCGGCCCCCUUGUCAUUGACGGACAGAGCUACUUCAUUCCCAUGGCUACUACUGAAGGUGUCUUGGUGGCCAGUGCAAGCAGAGGCUGCAAGGCUAUCAACUCUGGUGGUGGUGCUGUCACCGUUCUUACCGCCGAUGGCAUGACCCGUGGUCCUUGCGUCAGCUUCGAGACGCUUGAGAGAGCCGGUUACGCCAAGCUCUGGCUUGAUUCCGAGAAGGGUCAAAAUGUUAUGAAGAAGGCUUUCAACUCUACCAGUCGCUUCGCUCGUCUUGAGACUAUGAAGACCGCUAUUGCCGGUACGAACCUGUACAUCCGUUUCAAGACCACAACCGGUGAUGCCAUGGGCAUGAACAUGAUUUCCAAGGGUGUCGAGCACGCCCUCAGUGUCAUGCGCAACGAAGGCUUCGAGGAUAUGAACAUUGUCACUGUCAGCGGUAACUACUGCACCGACAAGAAGCCUGCUGCCAUCAACUGGAUCGAGGGCCGUGGCAAGAGUGUUGUCGCUGAGGCCAUCAUUCCUGCCGAGGUUGUGAAGAGCGUACUGAAGACUGAUGUUGACACCAUGGUUGCCCUCAAUGUCGACAAGAACUUGAUUGGUUCCGCCAUGGCCGGUUCUGUCGGUGGUUUCAACGCCCAUGCUGCCAACAUCGUCGCCGCUAUUUUCCUCGCAACAGGUCAGGAUCCCGCGCAGGUGGUUGAGAGCGCCAACUGCAUCACCAUCAUGAAGAACCUGCGUGGGUCUCUGCAAAUAUCCGUCUCCAUGCCUUCCAUCGAAGUCGGCACUCUUGGCGGCGGCACCAUCCUCGACCCCCAAGGUUCGAUGCUUGACCUUCUCGGCGUCCGUGGCCCUCAUCCCACCAGCCCAGGAGAGAACGCCAGGCGGUUGGCUCGCAUUGUCGCUGCCGCUGUUCUCGCCGGUGAGCUCUCGCUCUGCAGUGCUCUCGCUGCCGGGCAUCUUGUCAAGGCACACAUGCAACAUAACCGCUCCGCUCCUCCCACAAGGAGCACAACACCAGCUCCCAUGACGAGCGGGUUUGAGCGGGCGCCGUCGACCACGGCGCUGAGCGCGGCUGCGAUUGAGCGGUCGAGGCGCUGAGGUGUGUCUUGACGUUUAUUCUCUGUAUAUAAGUUUAGACAUGGUCAACUGAGGGGUUGUGGAGAGAGAUGUUGUAUGUAGAUAUAGACAUAAAAUUCGGACUGGCCACUGUAGUGAUAUUUGUGGCGGUUAAUACUAUUUUUGUUCCAAACAAGCAAAACUCGCGAACUUUUUCAAAAAUGAAGGUU